AUGAGGUGGCUCGUCCUCUUCCUCUCCGUCUUCUCCUCCAUAACACUUCGUGCUCCUGUGGCCAUUGCAUCUGCCUCCAUCGCGAGAACCAUCGUCGUCGACCUCAAGGGCGGUGGCAAUUUCAAGAGCAUUCAGCAGGCGAUCGACUCCGUCCCUGACAACAACAACAAGUGGACGAAGAUUCACGUCGCUUCUGGCGUCUACAGGGAGAAGGUGAACGUGAGGAACACCAAGAGUUACAUCGUGCUGGAAGGAGAUGGAGCUCAGACGACGUCCAUCGAGUGGGGAGACUACAACGGCGACUCCAGUGGCCAUGACACUGAAACCAGUGCAACCUUCACGUCAUAUGCCUCCAACUUUGUUGCCAAGAGGAUAACCUUCAAGAAUACGUACAAUGGAUUCGCCAAACUGACCCCCGCGGUGGCCGCUUGGAUUUUUGGAGACAAGUCUGCCUUCUACUAUUGCAGCUUCAUUGGGUUUCAAGACACUCUCGCUGAUACGCUUGGAAGACACUACUUCAAGGGUUGCUACAUCGAAGGACCAGGAUCAGACCUCUCAGGUAGAGUGAAGUGGGAGAAGCAGGUGAGUAAUUAUGAGCUGAAGAAGUUCAUUGAUAUUUCAUAUAUUGAUGGGGAAGGAUGGCUCGAGGCACAGCCUCCACUUGAUUAG